AAGUAUCUCAACCCGUGCCGUGCCGAAGCGUCAGUAGAGGUACAGGGCGGCUCGUUUCAACUUCUUCCUUCAACCAUCACAAAGUGUGUCAAACCUCUGCUCGAGUCGGAGACAGGUGCUGGAAGCAAACAGUGGCCAUUUAUCUAGUCUAUAGGGUUGCGUGCGGUCACUUUAAUCGGGGUUUAAAGACUAUAGAAUAGCUUACACGCACGGAGAAAGAACAAGACUUGUGGAAGAUUCACUUUUCGCCUCCGUCUCUCACAUCAUGGCUACAACAACCUGUACCAGGUUUACUGAUGAAUAUCAGCUGUACGAGGAGUUGGGAAAAGGUGCCUUCUCUGUGGUCAGAAGAUGCAUGAAGAUCUCCACCGGUCAGGAGUACGCUGCCAAAAUCAUCAACACCAAGAAGCUCUCUGCUAGAGACCACCAGAAGCUGGAGAGGGAGGCUCGCAUCUGUCGCCUGCUGAAGCAUCCCAACAUCGUGCGGCUUCAUGACAGCAUAUCUGAAGAAGGAUUCCACUACCUUGUCUUCGAUUUAGUCACUGGAGGGGAACUGUUUGAGGACAUUGUGGCCAGAGAGUACUAUAGCGAAGCAGAUGCCAGUCAUUGCAUUCAGCAGAUCCUAGAGGCCGUGCUCCACUGCCACCAGAUGGGCGUGGUCCAUCGCGACCUGAAGCCAGAGAAUCUCCUCCUGGCCAGCAAACUGAAGGGUGCCGCGGUGAAGCUGGCGGAUUUCGGCCUUGCCAUCGAGGUGCAGGGGGAUCAGCAGGCAUGGUUUGGUUUUGCUGGGACUCCCGGGUACCUGUCACCUGAGGUCCUGAGGAAAGACCCCUACGGGAAGCCAGUGGACAUGUGGGCCUGUGGUGUUAUCCUCUAUAUCCUGCUGGUGGGCUAUCCUCCUUUCUGGGACGAGGACCAACACAGACUCUACCAGCAGAUCAAGGCUGGGGCCUACGACUUCCCCUCUCCAGAGUGGGACACGGUCACUCCUGAAGCCAAGGACCUGAUCAACAAGAUGCUCACCAUCAACCCUGCCAAACGCAUCACCGCCGCCGAGGCGCUCAAGCACCCCUGGAUCUGCCAACGCUCCACUGUGGCCUCCAUGAUGCACAGGCAGGAGACUGUGGAGUGCCUGAAGAAGUUCAAUGCCAGGAGGAAGCUCAAGGGUGCCAUCCUCACCACCAUGCUGGCUACACGGAACUUCUCUAGCAAGACCCCCUUCAACAAGAAGCCUGAUGGAGUGAAGAUCAACAACAACAAAGCCAACGUAGUGACCAGCCCCAAGGAGCCGGUCCCUGCUCCUGUGCUGGAUAAACCAAGCGAUCCCGGAGCUCCUAGCGAGCCUCAAACUACUGUUAUCCACAAUCCCACUGAUGGACAGAAGGAGUCCAGCGAGAGUGCUAACACCACCAUCGAGGACGACGAUGUGAAAGCACGCAAGCAGGAGAUCAUCAAAGUAACUGAGCAGCUGAUUGAGGCAAUCAAUAAUGGAGACUUUGAGGCCUACACGAAGAUCUGUGACCCUGGCUUGACCUCUUUUGAACCUGAGGCCUUGGGGAACCUGGUCGAAGGCACCGACUUCCACCGAUUCUACUUUGAGAAUGCUUUGUCUAAGGGCCAUAAGCCCAUUCACACCAUCCUGCUGAACCCCCACGUGCACCUGAUUGGUGAGGAUGCGGCAUGCGUGGCCUACAUCCGCCUCACCCAGUACAUGGACGCUAACGGCAUGCCCCGCACCAUGCAGUCCGAGGAGACGCGCGUCUGGCACCGCCGGGACAGCAAGUGGCAGAACAUCCACUUCCAUCGCUCUGGCUCACCCACCGUGCCCUCCAACUAGUAUGGCCUCCGAACUGCCAGGGAAACACUUCCUGCCAGCUGAGCAUUCAUCCUGCCUACCCAGUCUCGAUCACACCCUGUCCCCGCCCACUUCAAUUGCUCUACCCAAUGGGAGUCUUGUUUACAUAUCAUCACUGCUAGACUUGGGGAUCUAGAGUGGUGGGCCGGCCAACUCAUGAUAUCAUUAUUGUGUGUCUUUUUUUUUGUAUAAGUUGGGAUGGUGCACAUCAUUUCUGGGCUGAUGCUUUUACGUCAUUCCCAUAACAGUGCAGUAAUCACAGACAAGCAUGUAAUUAAAGUAACCCAUGGAACUUCCCAUUCCUUCUUCUUAUUAAAGUGUUGUGAUUAUUGUCAAAAGAGCCAAGUUGAUUUGUACACUUAACUAAUUCCCUGUCAGUCAGUCACUUUGGCAUGUGCUGUACUUUCAAGCUUACACAUUAGAAGGGUUGAAAUUUCAAGAAUGCCAAGCUCGCUACCCACUUUUGUUAUCCGUAGUGGUACAUAGCAAGUAGUGAGAGAUGUGUGACUGGUUCCCUUCAUCAGAUUAGUAGGGAGAUGUGUCAGAUAUCACUGACUUAACCACAAAGACAAGGUUGCCAGCAUAUCUUAGUCACUGCCUACAUUACAACACCGUUCUUUAAGAAAGACUACAUACGUGUCAUUUCAUGUGCAAUAUAGCAACACUUUUUAAGUAUACAAACUGAAUGGCAAAAACAACUUGAGCUUGCUUGUAUUUUUUGUUUGUUUUGUUUGAUUUUGUUUUUGGUGAUUUAGACAAUGUUUUGUGUGAGUAAGGUGAAGUGCUACUAUUGCUUUUACACUUGGGAGUAUUAACAGUAGUCUGUGAGCUUAGUUUUUGAGCUUGAUGCAAAUCUGUUGUGCUGCAUCUCAAGAUGGUCAAGCAAACAUUAUUUCUUCUUAAACAAACAAAUAUAUAUAUAUGUACAAAAUAUUUUUAGAGGGGGAAUUCUGAAUAUGUUUGGUUCCAUAAUCACAGCUGCACAUGGAAGACAUGUUUUAACAGUAAGGGAAUGUAACACAGGUCUUUGUACCGUUUGCCACAUCAAAGUCUUAUUCUUUAACUUGUGGAAAACUCGUGGACAAGUUAUCUUUUAUGGUGAAUUCAGUAAUCUUAUUUUUAUUUUGUAUUGUUUUGAAUUAGAUUGAUUUUCCUUUGUCUUCUGUAUUUUUUAUAUUGCAAAACUUCAUUGACACGGUAUUUCUCUCCGGCUCAUGUUGAUCUCUCUGAUUUUUCUCACCUCUGGUCCUUCUUAACUUCCAAACACUGCAUGAGUUAAUUUUCUACGACUUUAGUUCCUCCACACUUCUAUAAGGUCCCCAUGACCCCCCCCCCCCCCCCCCCCCCCCCCCCACACACACACACACACACACAAAGCUCCUAUCCUUUCUCCCCUUACCACACCCCUUGUGUUUGUCCCCUCAUUAUAGGGUAAAGUUAUAAAGAAUUAUAUAUCUAGAUGUUUUAUUUUUGGUGCAACGUGGUGAAAUAGUCAAUGCAUUAAGAAACAUCCUUCCCAGAAAGCUUACUGUGUCAGUGGGAAGUCUUUUGCAUUAAUGUGUUUGAUUGUGCGGAGUCAUUUAAUUUAGAGGGGAAUCGUACAUGUGUGUUUGCACAGUGGGUCAAAGAAGAGGGAAAUUGUCAGUUGUUUGAUUUGUUUUCUGGAAAACCACGUGUUUACAGUUUAAACACAUACACACACACCAACAGAUAAAGACACCCCAAUGCAGAAACACAGCUUAUAUGAUGCGACCUUAAUACUGUUUUAGUGUACCACUAAAACAAAUCAGUUCGAUAAAGUAAAGUAGUUUUUAUUUGUAAUAAAUUGCAAACUGAUUAAAAGUUGGGAGGUUUCCAUCUAUUGAACUGUCUGCAGCCAAAACGUUUCUGUUUGUGACUGCGUUGGCUUAUCAAGAUUUCAGUAGAACACCAACAAGCCCCUCAGGGAAGGUUCAAUAGAAAAGUUUAGUUUUUUUCUCUCUCCUCUUUUAGAUUGUCUGCCCAUCAUGUUAUUUUUUAAGUUACUCAAGCCAUGACACACUAUGGAUAGAGUGUAAAUAUCUACUGCCACCAUGGGAACAGACUGAUAUUUGACAAAUAUUUAAAUAAAAUGUGAUUUCUGCCAAAUCUGCUUCUCCUUUCUAAUUAUCUGCUCAGUUCUCACCUACUGAGACUUUUAAUUUGUUGACUAACAUACCCAUCGUUUAUAGUGGGCAUCCACACAGUUCAUUUGUUCAAAAUGGGUCUUCUGUCUUCUGUCAAUUUCAAUAUCUUUCAAGAACAACUUCAAGAAGUAACUUUUUACAGUUAAGCUAUAAAUGUGAUGGACUGCCUGCCAGUGGUCUAAUGGUCAAAAGUUGCUGGUUCAAAUGUCCAUGUAAUCAGUUGAGAUGACCAUGCAUUGUGUCCUGUGGUGGACUGGUUGUAUCCGGUCUGUGUCACUUACCACAGAGACUGGGUUUAAGCAUCGGUCCUAUUAGUCUCCAUGGCUAGGGAAGUAAAUAAUAUCAAAUAAUAAAUAGUCAAAUGAAUUUCCUUGACUGAAGGGAAAGACAAACACCUGUUGAACACAUGUACAGUUUAUUUGUUUCCGUCAUAUACACACUGCAGCUCCUGUUUCUUUUCUCUGGGUUUUACCCUUUUUUCUUUUUUUAUUCUCCCAGUUAUUCAUUUUACUAAUACAUGCCCUUGUAUAUAUUCAUUAAUAAUUGUCAUCACCAUAGAAACAAGAUGCUUAUUUGUGAAACUCCAA